AUGAAGACUGAGGAUAAAGUCUACAUGGUUCGAGAUCAGCUGAAAGUGACUUUUGACAGACAAAAUUCCUAUGCAGAUUUAAAGAGAAAGGACAUCGAGUAUUCUGUGGGGGACAUGCAAGUAGGGCUAGUCACAUAUCAGUUGGAAUUACCUCCGGAGUUGGAUCGUAUACAUAAUGUGUUCUACAUCUCGAUGUUGAGACGUUAUUGCGCUGAUCCCACGCGCAUUGUGCCUGUGGAGGAGAUUGAGGUUAGACUAGAUCUAACAUUCAAGGAGGAGCCAGUUCAGAUCCUAGAUCGCGAUGUUAAGGUUCUGUGCAGGAAAUCCAUCCCUUUAGUUAAGGUGCUGUGGCAGAAUCAUAACUCUGAGGAAGCCACUUGGGAGCCGGAGGAUUCAAUGCUACAGUAA